UUUUGUAUACGCUACAGCUGUUACUUUUGUUUACUAACAAGCUGUAUUAGUAGUAGACAACAAAAGGAAAGGCCAGUAAUGUGAAAAUAAAACAAGAAAAGGACAAUAGUAAUUGUUAAUGCGUCACAGUGGCAUGUUGUUUGUAGCUAAAUAGCUUACUGAGGAUGAUGUAUCCUCUUUAAAGCAGUGUUUGAAACUAAUGUUUGCAUUAAUUCCUGAAACUAACAGCGAAAAUAAAUGAAACGAAGGCGACGCAGUCCUUCAGAGGAACGCCCGUCCUGUAGUUAUGAUCGAAGACAUAGUGAUUAUCAUGAAAGGAAAAAUGAUAACACGAACAAUGUUUCAGACAUUUUCAGUUUUGUUUCCCAUCGUUCCUUGUUGGACAGAAUUUUCUUUAGCGACUCGGAGUACUCGUAUAAAGAAGACUUCUGGAAUUUCCUAAAGAAGUAUGAAAAUGUUGAACGCAGAAGCAAACUGAAAAUGAGUGGGAACACAGAGCAAGUAGGUUCUGGCAAUCGGAAUGAUUUCAACAAGUUCCACUGUGUGUGUCUUUCACUGUCUCCGAAACUGAGGAAGCAAGUUCUGGAGAUGGAAAUGGUACAUGAUAAACAGCUUACACAAGAAAAUAUGGUACAGUUUCAGAAUAUUCUGUUGCUGUAUCUGGACUUCAAACAGAAGGAGACGUUUGCAAAACUUUACAAGUUGCGACAAUCACAGAAAAAUUUGCCUGUGGCACAAUACAGAUCAGAAAUUGUUUCUGCUGUGCAGAAUGAGAGAGUUGUUAUUGUUGCUGGUGACACAGGAUGUGGAAAAUCAACACAGGUUCCACAGUUUCUGUUGAAAGCUGGCUACACAAAAAUAGCUUGUACACAACCAAGAAGAAUAGCUUGUAUAUCAUUGUGUAAACGAGUUGCAUUUGAAACUCUGAGUGAAAACAAUUCUGAUGUUGGUUACCAAAUCCGUUUUGAAAAAAGUAAAAACCAAGCAACAAAAAUACUUUUUAUUACUGAAGGAUUACUUCUAAGGCAGGUGUCAACUGACCCAUCACUGUCAACCUAUGAUGUAGUCGUCCUGGAUGAAGUGCACGAGCGUCAUCUCUAUGGAGAUUUUUUGCUUGGAGUCGUGCGCUGCCUGUUGUACCAACGACCAGAUUUAAAAGUUGUUUUGAUGUCUGCUACAAUCAAUAUAAAGUUAUUUGUGCAGUAUUUUGCUGGUGAUGCAGUAGUAAUUCAGGUUCCUGGAAGACUGUAUCCCAUAAAGCUUUAUUACAGACCUAUUUCUGUUGAGGAAAAAUCUUCAAAAUCUGGACGUAUUAAUCCAGCACCUUAUGUCCGGAUUCUUCAGCUUAUUGAUGAAAAGUUUCCAAAAGAUGAAAGAGGUGAUGUCCUCAUGUUCCUGAGUGGUAUGAGUGAAAUCUCUACCAUUGCUGAAGCAGCCCAGCAAUAUGCAGAUAAAACACAGGCAUGGAUAGUGUUAACUCUUCACAGUUCCUUGUCACUUGCAGAUCAGGAUAAAGUGUUUGAUUAUGCACCAGAGGGUGUACGUAAGUGCAUCAUUUCAACCAAUAUUGCUGAGACUUCUGUAACAAUUGAUGGUAUUCGUUUUGUUGUGGACUCAGGCAAAAUGAAGGAGAUGAGUUAUGAUCCCAUAUGCAAAAUGCAACGUCUGAAGGAAUUUUGGGUUAGUCGUGCAAGUGCUGAACAAAGAAAAGGGCGUGCAGGUCGCACAGGACCAGGCAUCUGUUAUCGUCUAUAUUCUGAAGAAGAGUAUUCUCAAAUGGAGGAAUAUUCAACUCCUGAGAUAAGACGUGUUCCUCUUGACUCGCUGUUGCUGCAGAUGGUAGCUAUGGGUCUUCCAGAUGCACGAAAAUUUCCAUUCAUUGAACCACCACCUGCUGACAGCCUUGAGAAUGCCAUCCUUUCUCUGAAACAUCAUGGUGCGAUGGAUGAUAAAGAAAAACUGACAACCAUUGGCCGUGUGCUCUCCAAUCUACCUGUUGACAUCAGUCUUGGCAAGAUGUUAGUAGCAGGUUCACUCUUCCACCAAAUUGAACCAGUACUGUCGCUUGCUGCAGCACUUAGUGUUCAGAGUCCAUUUACAAACAGGGCCUAUCGAGAUCCAGAUUGUGAGACAUCGCGAAAAGAACUAGAGUCAGAUCAUGGAGACCCUGUGACAUUGCUGAAUGCAUUACGUGGAUGGCUGGAGGUAAAAGCAGAGAGAGGGAGCAAUUCUCGCACUUGGUGUCGUCGUAGAGGAUUGGAAGAGCAGCGCUUUUAUGAAAUGAUAAAGCUGCGCAGGCAGUUUAAAGAGCUGCUUCAGGAAUGUGGCCUUCUUCAAGAAGCUGACAUGCCAUCAUUGAGCAGUGCAGAACGCAGUUUACAUCAUGGUGAGCGUCGCUUGCUGAAAGAGAUGCAACGUAACUACAAAGAGAAAAGCAUUCACAAACCCCGCAAAUUAAAACUUGAUGUGUGGAGACUGGGAAAUGAAGAAGAUGUGAAGGAAGAUGAUGUUGACAUAAGGGAUAUUGAUUUUAGGUUGAGCAAUGACAGCUCAAGGCUACAGGAACUCUUAUCUGGUGCAACAGCCUGUAGUUACAAGGAUCUCACCAUGCUCAAAAUCAUAUUGUGUGGUGGCUUCUACCCACAGUUGGCCAUCCCAGAUGAAUUUAACAGUUGUAAGUCAUCAGCUGAGCAACUGUUUCACACAUAUGGCAAGCCAUUUGUAGCGCUGCAUCCCCUGAGCUUUUUCAGUCAUCAUCCUGAUGUGUUACAACUACAAGACUCUGAUGUUAUGGGUGGUGAUUCAAGGACUCCCCUCUCUACAAAGCAUCAGAUGCUGUGUUACUUGUCUUUGUUGGAGACAACAAAACCUUACUUGGUGACAUGUAUGAGGAUGCCUACACUCCCAACAUUGCUUUUAUUUGCCCAAACCAUUGACACAACUGGCAAAUUUUCCAGGUUAGUAUUUGAUGGUUGGCUACAGUUGGAGUUUACUGAUGCUGGAGGUGCUGGGCGGUUGCUGGUACGGGCAGCUCAGUUACGCAAAAAGUGGGACCAACUUUUGGAAUUGAGGCUCCAAGGUACAGGAUCCGCAGACUUGGAGACAGAGCUGUCACAUGCUUUACCUGCAUUCAUGCGUGCAGAGCUAGCAUACUCUGUAAAGAGGUUACUGGCAGCUGACCAGAAGGUCCUGUACAUCGGGCCAGACUGUAACUCUGAAUUACUUAUGGGCAGAAACCCAUUUGACCAUGAAUGGCAACCUUGUCCUCACGAGGAGAAGGGUGGUAUCCGUAUGACAACCAACAUCACCUAUAACUGUCUUUAUGAAGGAGAUGAGGUUCUGAAAGAGGAGGAUGAGGAAGAUUUUGACUGUCCAAAUUGUGGGCUCACGGGAAUGUUAUCACCUAUUGAAAGGUUGGAACAUAUAGAGACAUGUCAGACAAAAGAAACUAGUGAAGAUACUAAUCAGCCAAGUGGAUCUGAAGGGUAUUACUGUAAUAUAUGUCAAAAAACUUUAAAUUUGACACCAACUGAAAUUCUGCGACACAAAAAGCAUCACCAGAAGAAAGACUGAUAGUUUAUAUGUCAUAAGCAGUAAUCUUGAAAUAUUCUAAUAAAGGUAACAAUAAUCCCACUGCAAAUAAUGUCAUAAAUGACAGAUUGAAUGUUUUUUCAGUCACUGUAUUCAUGUACAAUUUUUGCAAUUAACGUGUGAAACUGAUACUGUUAGAAAUAAAGUGU